UGCGGGUUCUCUGCCCUCAGAAGAGGUUGCUCGGUUCGUUUUAUGCAGUGGCGGCAGUAUCCCCUGAAUCACGAAAUGCGUGCUAAAAGAUCACUAAGAUUAGAAGGUCUGUUAGAAGAAAAUUCAUUAGGUCCUUCAAAAAUCCAGCGGAAGAAAAGUAUUGCAACUUAUUCUCCAACAACUGGAACUUGUCAAAUGAGCCCAUUUGCUUCUCCCACAAGCUCUAAAGAACAAGAGCACAGAAAUGGACCAUCAAAUGGAAAGAAGGAAAAAUUGAAUAACCUCAAUUCCAGAUUGACUGAAAGAAAGGAACCUAGAACAAAUGACAAUGAUGAAUUCAUGAUGUUAUGGUCUAAAGUUGAGAAAUCAUCAGAAGAAAUCAUGGAAAUAAUGCAAAAUUUAAGUAGUAUACAGGCUUUGAAGGGCAGGAAAGAGCUUGAAAACCUCAUUGGUAUCUCCUGUGCGUCCAGUUUCUUACAAAGAGAAAUGCAGAAAACCAAAGAGCUAAUGAGAAAAGUAACAAAACAAAGACUGUUUGAAAAGAGAAGUACAGGACUUCCUAACAAAGUCAGAAAAGGAGUCUAGCAUCCAUUCAACAGAUUUCCUUUUCACAUCCAAAUGACAGAAAUCUACAUUCUCAUUUUCAUUUUUAAGUUCCCAUAGGACAUAUAUCUAAAUCUCUUCACACCUCAGUAAACAAAAUAAUUCUGGACUGAAAAAUACUAAAACCUUUGGACUAACUUAAAGUGAUCAUUUUAAUAGUAUUGGCAUGGGUGCCAUUUAACAAUCUCUGCAAAUGGAGUUAGGUCUUGAAAUAGGUAGCCAUAUUUUAGUCUACCAUUUACUGAGUAUCAAUGACUCUUGUUUAUUGAGUACCAAUAAUUAUGUUCCCAAUACUAGGAUCAGUAGAUCUUUAUAGCAACCCUGCAAAAUAGCUAUUAUCAGACAGGGAAACAAAGACACAAAAGAUGUUAAGUAACUUUCCCAAAGACACUUCUACUUAAUUGACAAAACAGGGAUUCCAACUAAAGACCUGUCUGACCUCAAAAACUGUGUUUUCAACCCAUCUAGUCUGUUAGUCUGGGUUUAGAACCUUUAAGAAGCCAGUGAUGAGUUUGCAGUGGAAAGUGCUGGGAUUCCCAGCUGGUCAGUUAGAAAGGCCAGCCAGGUCAUGGGUAGGGCAGCUGCCAUGGCAAGACUCCUCCUUCACAGCUCAUGUGGAAAAGGCUUCGUGAGACUUUCAGUUGAGCAGCUAACGUCCCCAGUGAUCCCAAGAAUUUAAGAACAUGACAGGAGCUACUUCUUGGAAAAGGCUUGGAAGCUCUUCUUUCAUAUUUUAUCUAUAUAACUUGAUUAGAAUGUGUAACUAGGUUUCAGUGAUUUAAACUUCUCCUAACUUGACAAGUCUUAGAGGAGCAUAAUGGGAAAUUGGAAUGUUUAUUAUUUUCUAACUAGAAGAAAUAUUUCAUCUAUAUAUUCUGUGCCAAUAGUGUGGUUUUUAAAAUCUCUAAUUUCCUAGAACUAAUUAAAAUUAGGCUUCACAUAGUUGGCUUUUGCCAGUAGUUUUGGGAAAUGAGAAAGGGAAAAAUUGUAAAAGAAGUAAGUGAAUUAUCACUGCUAAUAAUUAAUGUAAAAAAAUUCUAAAAGUAUUAUUCCCCAAACAUUUAUUAAGACAUUAAAACUAUAACCUGUCUGUUAAAACAUUAAAAAAUUUUUUUCUUCCAGAGGACAAUUUUGUCAUCUUUUUUAAGUUAUCCACUAUAUACCAAUUCUUUCUUUGCUUAUGCAUGAUCAACCUUACAACUAUUUUGUAGUGUUUUAGGCAUUAAAACUAACUUGCCCAUUACUAGGUUCAUAGGAUUUAAAUUGUUUCAUGCAUAGAGGAGAUUGUAUCACUGAAUCAUGUUUUAAAACUUCUAAUAAGCAUUGAUUAUUUGUUGUAUUUAAAUGAAAACUGAAUUAAAAUAUAUAUAAUAUAUAGCAUUUAUAUAAUGCAUAUUAUAUAAUAAUAUUAUAUAUAUGUAAUCUUCAAUUUCUGUUUCUCAGCUAGAGCUACCUUAGCUCUUUAUAUUCCUUGAGGUAUUAAAAUCGUCAUUAGCUUUUUAAACUAAUUUAAACUAAUUUUUGAAAAUUAAUGUUACCUGACAAACAGAUUGCUUACUUUCUUUGUAAUUUGAGUUUGAGCUAUAUACCAUAUUUUUAUGCAAAUAACACAUGGCUUAUACUUUUUUUCCCCAACCGUGCCCUCCUCCCGCGAGGUAUUUUCGUAAGUGUGCUAUGCUAAUUUUUUUACAGCAAUGUGUAAGGGCGUGGUUGGCAAAAAACGUGUAACAUGCACAUUAUUUGCAUAAAAAUAUGACACAUAAUUUUUUUUUUAACUAAGCUAACAACUUUCACCCCCUUCUGUUCAUACAUUUAUUUUAAGAGAUCUUUUGCUAAUUUUUUGACAUCUCAAACUUAAUUUGCUUUGUAUGUUCCUUAUUUUGGUAUCUAGCCUUCAGCUUUUUUGUUGAUGUGCUUUUCUUUUACUAUGCUACUAUUCAGAAUUAUUUAAAUUAAGAAUGUUUGUGGAAUCUUCAAAAUUUUAGAAAUUAUAUAAUUAGAAAGUAUAUAAAAUAAACAUUAGUCCUGUAAUAUGUAUUGAAUUUGUCUCAUUAGGUAAUUAAGAAAAUGAGA